AUGACCGGAACACAACCUCUCCUCCCAGAGAAGGACUCCGAAGAGGCAGAAAUGAUCGUAGCCAGCCACGUCGAGGACGCCGAAGUGCAGUUCCGCGGUGUUCUAACGUCUGAUUGGUCGAACACGCUUUGCGCUGCGCCUAUCGCGAUUGGAAUCCUUGGAGAAUGCAUGCUGGUCUCGUCGGUCAAGGCUGCGAAGAUGGUUACCAUUGACAACCCACAUCUUGAGUCGAAACGCCUCACGACCAACCUCCUGCAUAUCUUCCAGACGGGCCGCUCGGCGUUCUUGGAGGCUCAGGUGGGGAUGGCGACAAUCAGCGCGUAUGCGAACCAGGUUGGCUCGCCGAAUGGUGUAAUCAAUAAGAUUGUUAUGCGCUUGGGGAGACCGAAGACCGCGUUGAAUGAGAAGAAUCUGAAAAAUGACCUGAAAAGUUUGAAGAGUAAAGCGUUGAAUUGCGCAAUAGAGGCGAGCAAUAUCUAUGAGUCGUUCAAGAAGUGGAGCAAGGAUACGGAUACUCUGUGGAGAGCUGUGCAUGACAAAGAAGCGGAGAAUCUAGACGCGCAAAGGAAAAAGAGGGAAGAAGCGGAGGAGUUGGAGAGGAAGAAGGCCGAAGCCAAGAAGGCCGAAGAGGACGCACAGCAUAAAGCAGCGGAACAAAAGAAGAAGCGCGACAAGGCCGGCCAAUUGCAUAAAGAGUUCAAUGAGGACGGAGUUAGCGCGUUAAACAUGCAUGCGGGUGCUGCGAUCUCAUUCAUCAAUCCUACUUUAGGGUGGGGCAUAAUGGGCUUGACGAUGCUAUGCUCGUGGGGGGUUGAGAAGAAUGCUCUCGAUGCGGAAGCACUCUACGAAGAGCAGAUGCAGAGGGUGAGAGACAUUGAGUUCGCAGAAACGAAACUGGCCAAGGAUAUGGAGAUACUCAUGUCGGAUCGAUCUGGGCUGGUUGACGCGGAGAAGGUCCUCGGGGACGCGAUCGGAAGGCUGAUGGACCUGCAGGACCAGAUUCAAAAGCUUCUGCUAUUCUUCAUCAGCAUUGUGAAAGUAGUUGAGAUUGUCAUCAAUCACUAUGAGAAGGAUUACUUGCCAAAGCUUGAGGACGAUGUUGCGCCGGAGAACGAGGAAGAGGCUGCAGAGUUGCGUGAGGAAAUUUUGGCUGAGGCUGUCAAAGUCAAGAUCCAUUUUGCGACCAUUCAGCAUAUUGCUGGAGCCUAUGUAGAGCUCUCAGACAAACAUAUCGUUGGAGGUUUCAAGGAGAUUGGGGAGCUGGGGCUUUCUGACUCUUCCAUUACAACCGAAAGCAGGAAGCUCAAGGAGCUCCAGCUCAAAGAGUAUAAGUCGCGUUCGUCUGCAAGCGUUCGAGAGACUUCUCAAAGAGCACAGCUUGAGCUGCGUGGCACUCUCAAGACUAUCGUCGAAGGAAGCGCUGGAGGCAUCCUCAUCAAGAGGAAUGGUGUUGUCUAGUUUUAAGAGACUGACCGGAGUUGAAGGAGUUUCCACGUCGAUAGCCGGGUCUAAGCGGAGUGAUAAUAGGCU